AAAGCCACUGUUAUCAACAAAACUUCGUUACCCAUACUGCAUCGGGACAGUGUGAGUACGGAAACGGGAAAGUUUCGUACUGGGGAUAAAGUUUUUACAGCCUUGUUGUGUUUAUGUUGCCCUCAAAGUAACUUUUUGACGUCUGUCUGGCUCAUAUGCUUUCGUGUUGACAUCCUCUGUUUCAAAAAACUGAAGAGUGCUGCACUGCUAACCAUGGUCCCUGGUCCAGUUCAAAUCGUAACUGUGUGCAAGGAGGACCACUCCUUUGCGUUGGACACUGAGGCUUUGGGACGGAUCCUUCUCGCCCCGGAGAUCCGAGACAAACAUGUCGUUGUUCUGUCGGUCGCCGGAGCCUUCCGGAAGGGGAAGAGUUUCCUGCUGGACUUCAUGCUGCGCUACAUGUAUAGGACGUCGGAUGAAAACUGGCUUGGAGGGGAUGAAGAGCCCCUGACUGGAUUCUCCUGGAGGGGGGGCUCAGAACCAGAGACCACCGGCAUUCAACUCUGGAGUGAGGUCUUUCUUGUCCAGAAGAGUGAUGGAACAGAGGUGGCUGUGUUGUUGAUGGACACCCAGGGGGCUUUUGACAACCAAUCGACUGUAAAGGAUUGUGCCACCAUUUUUGCCCUCAGCACCAUGACCAGCUCAAUGCAGAUCUACAAUCUCUCCCAGAAUAUACAAGAAGAUGAUCUGCAGCAGCUUCAGCUGUUUACUGAGUAUGGACGACUUGCCUUGGAUGAAAUCUUUCAGAAGCCCUUCCAGUCCUUAAUGUUCCUAAUCCGGGAUUGGAGCUUUCCCUACGAAUACAAUUACGGGCUUAAAGGUGGCAAGGAAUUCCUUGAGAAAAGAUUACAGGUCAAGGAUGCUCAGCACGAGGAGCUGCAGACCGUGAGGGAGCACAUCCACUCCUGCUUCACCGACAUCUCCUGCUUCCUGUUGCCCCAUCCGGGCCUGAAAGUGGCCACCAGCCCUUCUUUCGAGGGCCAACUCUAUGAUGUGGCCCCAGAGUUUAAAGAGCAGCUGAGGAGCCUCAUCCCUGCUCUGCUGCAUCCCGACAACCUGGCCGACAAAGAGAUCAAUAGCAACAAGGUCACCUGCAGGGGCUUGCUGGAGUUCUUCAAGGCAUACAUCAAGAUUUACCAAGGAGAGGACUUGCCACAUCCAAAGUCUAUGCUACAGGCAACUGCGGAAGCCAACAACCUUGCAGCUGUGGCAACGGCCAAAGACCAAUACUACAAGAACAUGGAACGGGUGUGUGGUGGAGACGUCCCUUACGUCAGCCAGGACUCCCUGGAUGAGAAGCACAACUUCUUCUUCACCGAGGCGCUCCACUCCUUCUCCUCCACCAAGAAGAUGGGCGGGACCGAGUUCUGUGAGCGCUACCUUCACCAGCUGGAGAUAGAGCUUCAGGAAAUGUUGCAGUCUUUCACCAAACACAACCAAUCAAAGAACCUGUUCAGUGCCUUCCGGACGCCCGCGGUGCUGUUUGUCCUGGUGUGCUUCCUGUACGUGCUGUCGGGCCUCCUGUUGUUUAUCGGUCUCUCCACGAUUGCCUUUACGUGUGACUGUCUGGUGGGACUGGCCAUGGUCGCCAUGCUCACCUGGGCCUUCAUCCGCUACUCGGGCCAGUACCGGAGUGUUGGAGGCGCCAUCGACCAGGCUGCAGGUGUCAUCCUGGAGCAGGCCACCGUUGUGGUGAAUAAAUCAAGAGGAACCAAUGUCGCUCCAAAGAUGAAAUCCAGCUAGAGGGUCUCCCAACCUUCAUAGUCCUGAUGCAACGCAAGCAGUGCACAAUACACACACAAAGCACAAAGCACAACACACACACAGCACAACACACACACAGCACAACACACACACAGCACUUACAUAGGCUUCUUCUUGCUUCCCCUGCAGGCAACCCCGCAGCAAAAACCUAAGUCCAGACUAGGUCAUCACAGGGUGAAACUUUUGAUGCUGGUUCACCAGCAUCCCUUCAUAUGCACAAUAUUUUACUCUUGAGAAGUCCUAUAAGGAAAGAGAUCAAAUUCCUGUUCAGUACAAUAACUCACUGUUGUUGUGUUCCUUACUGCCGUUCUUGUACAUGUUUACAUUGUUCUUUACAGACAACCCUGUCUACGUACAUCUUUCAGCACAAGCAGUGAGGGGUUUGGACCUUUCUAUUGAAUGCAUGGGACCGUUGUUUGAGGACCAUUGAUGCAGAACAAUUUGCUAGAUCAUGCUCACUUUAUUUCCAUACAUACUCAUUAUUUUGUUGCUGUAGUUUCCAAGCUUGGUGGCCUUAAAUGCAUUCCAAUCGCUUUCCAUUAUUUUGAAAUGUUCGACUUAAAUUCCAUUUUCUACAUUAUUAACUUUUGAAAUGGAAACAAAGCACUUUUGUAUGUGUUUCGUAUGCUGCUUUAACUAAAUAAAUAUGCAAGUCUGAAAUGGCUUUCAUGUAAAAUGGGUUGUUUUAAAUCUGGGGACCCCAAAGAUGAAAGCUUACAUGCUAGACUUUCUUAAAGCUUUACAGUCAGCCAAAGAGCGUUUGGAACAGUAUGCUUCUAAGCUACAUAUUCAGGAACUUCCUUUGUCUUUUACUGUAUACAUUUAUAUUAAUAAAACAAAAUACUGUUCUAAGAAAAGGUCUUAUCCAUGUGUAAUGCAAAAACAAAAUUGUAUUUGUUUACUUUUAUUUAAUAGCAAUGUAAAAUUCCUAUUCCAUAACUGAAUAUUUUGGAAGCUAUCAGAAAAAUUGUUUCAUUCUUCAGAGAUGCCGUUGUUUGAGUAAUUUUUUAACAAACCUUUUGAACAAAGGAUUGACACUAACUGAUUAAGUGACGUUGACAUAUCAGUAACCUUAUAAGAUGGAGCAGUUCUCUUGAUAUUUCAAUUGCAUGUAUCUAUAAUUUAUCUUUAAGAUAUUCGUAUCACAUUAACAUUCAAAUAAAUCUCUUCUAUGCAUGUUGGUAGAUUUCUAUCAGAGUAAAUUGGCUGUAUGUAAUUUAUUUUCAUUAUAUAUUUCACUAUAUAUUUCAUUAUCAGUCAUAUAAUCAAUAAUGUUAAAUGAAUUUGAAUAGGUGUUUUAAGAAAAGAAAAAAAGCAAAUUUUAUUUUUUUCAUACCAGAAUACGUCAACCAAAUUUUCUCUCUACAUAUCCAAUGCUUUUUGCAUUCUAAAAGUAAAUUCAUCAAUUAAUGUUUCUAUUGAAUGUUAUAUUUUACAAAAUGAUGGCCCAGGAUUGAAUUAUUUAAAAGCUUUUAUAAAAUAUUAAACCCAAA